AUGGCCAGAUUCCAUGGGAAACUCUUAGUCUUGUGGGACAAGUCUGUGCUUCCUGGUCGUGAAUACAAGUCUAUCUGGUGUGCAAUGGUUGCGCUUGAAAAAACCAAGGAUGGUCAUCUUCGCGGAAAGGUUGAAUGGGCUAAUAUUGUGCUUAAGGUUCCCACUUCUUACGUUUUCUUGCGCUCAAGCUCAUCUUAUUAG